AUGAGUCAUGAGCAUGUUGUUGCAGCAGGUCCCACUAUAGGGACUUCAAAGGCAAAAGAACUGGUGACGUUAAGCUCUCAUCCCUUGUUGAAGUCUCCGGAGAUUUCAAAUGCUGGGAGACAUCUCUCGGCAGCUGAAUUUCACUCUGUUCUUCAGAAUGCUGGUAUUCUCUCUUUAUUGUUAAGUAGUGGCUCCAACAAGGAACUGAUACUGUUAGAUGCAAGAAACUUGUACGAGACGAGAAUAGGCAAGUUUCAUGCUCCAGAUAUCAAAACAUUGGAUCCAGCGAUCAGGCAGUAUAGUGACUUGCCCUCAUGGAUUGAUGACAAUUCCGAGCAAUUGUGGGGGAAUAAUAUCCUUAUGUACUGUACUGGAGGAAUUAGAUGUGAGAUGGCAUCAGCCUAUAUCAGAUCUAAAGGUGCUGGUUUUGAAAAUGUUUUUCAGUUAUAUGGUGGAAUCCAGAGAUAUAUGGAACAAUUCCCAGAUGGAGGCUUCUUCAAAGGAAAAAAUUUUGUUUUUGACCAUCGGGUUUCUGUUGGGAGCUUAGAUCCUAUUAUGUUGGGAACUUGCCUCCUCUGUGGCGUGUCAUUUGAUAACUACACUUCACGUUGCCGGUGUACUCACUGUAGGAUGCUUGUGUUAGUCUGUGAUCAUUGUCGGGAAAUAAAUCGGUCUUAUGUUUGUGAAUUGUGCCAGAAAAAUGGCAAGCCUGUUAAAUCCAUUUGCUCUAUGUCGGGAGAAGUACCAGAAACAGCAUAUGAUAAUCAGAGUCUCGAGAUUGAUCAAGCCUCGUCUCUUCUAUCUUCGAGUGAAGGUAAGGUUAAAGGUUUUAUUCUUGACAUCCUUUAG